CCCUUGGACGUCGUUUUCACAUUUUGCAAUAUUAUUUCGGAAUAUUCAUGAAACUGGAAUAUCCAAAGAAAAAAAUUACACAUGACAUAGUAAAUUUUAUUUUAAAUGAUUGAAACCAGACUUAUACAGUUUAUAAUCUCAUAAACGCACAUAAUUCUGUAGCUAGUUUUGAUCCUUUUGGAUUUGAAACCCUUAGACCACCUCCAUUGGAGGCUCUAACAAAGUGGUUCUUAUAAAAAACACAAAAAAAGUAAAUCAAAAAUGCAUUAAAAGAUCAAAACCGGUGUUAAACAUGGGAUUUUAAGAAUCACUAAACAACCCAUACGUGGCCAUUUUGUAUUGGCUAUCCAAGGGAAAAAAAAUUCCCAUCUCUCUCUCUCUUCUUCGUCGGUUGUUCUUUCUCUCUUCUUCUUUCUCUGUUCGUCGUGCUGCUGAUGGAAGCGCUUAAUUUUGAGAAAUGGUAUUGCUUUCACCUCUCUCCUAAACUCUUAAUUUUUUUUGAUUUGUGGAUUUGAGUUUUCUUAUGGUUCAAUAUAGGAGUUGAUACUCUGUUUUGCGUUCUAGUGAGGAAUGUGGAGUUAUGAUCGCGAUUGCUCUGUUUGAUAUGCACGAGGGCGGAGAGAAACGAAGCGAAGUGAAGAGAUUCAAGUGCGUUUCGAGGGAGGGGAUUUACUUGCGGAGGCUGGAGUGAUUCAUUUAUGUUGUUGUUGUUGUUGUUGUCUAGGGAGGGGAUUAACCUCCGGAGGCUGGAGUGAUUCCAAGAGCUGUUCGUCACAUUUUCGAAACUCUCGAGUCCCAAAAAGCUGACUACAGUAUGAAAGUCACGUUCUUGGAGCUGUACAACGAAGAAGUCACAGACCUGUUAGCUCAAGAAGACUCUUCAAGAUCUUCUUCUGACGAUAAGCAGAAGAAGCAUGUUUCUCUGAUGGAAGACGGGAAAGGCUGUGUGGUUCUACGCGGUCUCGAGGAAGAAGUUGUGUACAGUGCUAACGAUAUAUACGCUCUUCUCGAACGAGGCUCAUCAAAAAGACGCACGGCGGAUACGUUGUUGAAUAAAAGAAGCAGCCGCUCUCAUUCUGUUUUUACCAUCACGGUGCAUAUUAAGGAAGAGUCUAUGGGAGAUGAGGAGUUGAUCAAAUGUGGGAAGCUUAACCUUGUGGAUCUAGCGGGCUCCGAGAAUAUUUUUCGGUCAGGGUCGAGGGAUGGUAGGGCGAGAGAAGCUGGGGAGAUUAACAAGAGCUUGCUUACGCUGGGGCGUGUGAUCAAUGCGCUUGUGGAACAUUCUUCCCAUAUACCUUACAGGGAUAGUGAGCUGACAAGGCUUUUACAAGACUCUCUAGGAGGGAAGACAAAGACUUGUAUCAUUGCUACAAUCUCACCAUCUGCUCAUUCCUUGGAAGAAACUUUAAGCACUUUGGAUUAUGCCUAUCGUGCCAAGAACAUUAAGAACAAACCUGAGGCAAACCAGAAGUUAACCAAAGCUGUGUUGCUUAAAUACCUUUACUUGGAGCUUGAGAGAACAAAAAAAGAUGUAAGAGCGGCAAGGGAUAGAAAAGCUUUACACACAUUACUUUCUCAUGUAUAUCAUCAGAUGAGCUAGUAGAUUUCCAAUACUGCUUCAACCAUUUUCAGUUACAUCUACAACCAAGCUCACACCAACACCUUGCAAUUCAAUUUCUCUUUGCCUAUGUAUGAUUUUCUUUCAU